CGGGGAGGAGCCGGCGGGAACCGGCCUGACCGGUUCAGUGCCGACACCCUCAGUGCCAGGGUCUCCGGUGGCCCCCACCGCCGGCACGUGGCUGGGCUGAAGGUCACCGUCCCCGGGGCCGCUCGCCCGCUGGGGUCAGCGCGCUCGGUGCCCUGCCACAAACUGUCCCUCUGCCAAAAAGCAUGGCGGCGAACUCUCACUGCUCCGGUACGCUUUGCCGCCGGCAGUCAGUUUUUGGGUGCCCCAAUCGGGUCGGUGGCACCGAGCGGUUUCGGUGGCACCGAGCGGUUUCAGUGGCAGGGGAGGAUCCUGGUGCCGCAGGGGAGCGGCCGGUGGCACCGGCAAUCCGGAAGGACCUGCCCUGUGCCCCACCAGUGCCGGUGCCGGGGCAUGCCGGCAUGCCGGUGCCCGCCUGCCUGCAGCACCCUGCCCUGAGCCCGGUGCCGGAGCCUGGCCGCGCCAUGGAGGAGCCGGCCGGCGGCGGGGCCGAGCCGUGGUCCGAGGGGCUGCGCAACAGCAACAACAACGCUUCCCCGGGGCCGUGGCUGGGUGCCCGUGGCGGGCACCCCCUGGCACCUUUCAGUGGCCCCGGGACCGAGCCCAGCUACCUGGGGCGGGUGGUGCUGGAGAUCGUGGAGUCGGAGCGCACCUAUGCCCGGGACCUGCGCAGCAUUGUGGAGGGUUACCUUGGCAAGAUCAUUGACGCGGAGGAGCCGGUGCUGCGGCCGGAGCAGGUCAGCGCGCUUUUCGGCAACAUCGAGGACAUCUACGAGCUGAGCAGCACCCUGCUGCAAAACCUGGAGAGCUGCGCCAGCGACCCCGUGGCCGUGGCUGUCUGCUUCGUCACCCGGAGCCAGGAGUUUGCCAUCUACACCCAGUACUGCAACAACUACCCCAGCUCAGUGGCAGCGCUGGCCGAGUGCAUGAGGAGCAAGCCGCAGGCCCGGUUCCUCCGCGAGUGCCAGGAGCGGCUGCGGCACGCGUUGCCCCUCGGCGCCUACCUGCUCAAACCCGUCCAGAGGAUCCUCAAGUACCACCUGCUGCUCCAGGAGAUCGCCAAGCACUUUGAGCACAAGUCUGGGGAUGACUACGAGGUGGUGCUGGAGGCCAUCGACACCAUGACCUGCGUCGCCUGGUACAUCAACGACAUGAAGCGCAAGCACGAGCACGCCAUCCGGCAGCAGGAGAUCCAGUCGCUGCUGCUGGGCUGGAAGGGGCCGGACCUGACCAGCUACGGGGAGCUGGUGCUGGAGGGCACCUUCCGGGUGCAGCGGGUGCGCCACGAGCGCGCCGUCUUCCUCUUCGACAAGACCCUCCUCAUCACCAAGCGCCGCGGCGACCAUUACGUCUACAAGAGCCACAUCCCGUGCUCCUCGCUGAUGCUGAUCGAGAGCACACGGGACUCGCUUUGCUUCAGCCUGGCUCACUACAAGCACGGCAAGCAGCAGCACAGCCUGCAGGCCAAGAGCGUGGAGGAGAAGCGCGUGUGGACCCACCACAUCAAGCGGCUCAUCCUGGAGAACCACCACGCCAUCGUGCCCCAGAAGGCUAAGGAAGCCAUCCUGGAGAUGGACUUGUUCUACCCCCCGCGCCUGCCCCGCUGCAGCCCCGAGCGCCUGAAGAAGAGCUGGUCCUACCAGCCCCUGGGCGACGCCGACGCCGCCGAGCUGCGCCAGGGCCGCCGGCAGUCUGAGCCCUUCCAGUGCCGGGACCGCGUGGAGACGCUUCCGGAUCGGCCGCACGGGCACACAGGGCGCAGGCAGUCAGAGCCUGCCAAGCAGAUCCUGCGGCAGCUGGGCGAGCAAGGGCUCAAGCACGCUGGCAGCGAUGGGGCUCUCCUGGAAGUGGGGGAGCCCCCCCAGCACCCCAGAGCCUGGGCGGUGGCUGAGGGCGUGGUGGAGGAGGAAGAGGAGGAGGAGGAGGAGGAAGAGGAGGAGGCUUUGGGCAAGGACUGCCAGGAGGAGCUGCGGGGGGCCGGGGACCUGCCGGUGGAGCCCCAGGAGGAGCAGGUUGGGGGGCACCCACUGGUGCCCGAGGGACCCAAGCGGCCGGGGAGCUGGGGGCCAGGGAGCUACGAGAAGGUCAGUGUGGCCCCACAGCCCCUGCCUGGGGGUCCCGAGGGACCCAGCACCCACCCCCCCACCCCUCCACAGGCCGGCAGCACCGGGGAGCACCCCGAGGGGCCGGGGGCACCCGAAGCCCCGUCCUCAACGGGGACCCCGGCACCGGUGCUGCCCGGCGCGGAGGGGGAGCCGGAGCGUGCCGCGGAGGAUUUGCAGGGACUGAGCAGUGAGGAGGAGGAGGAGGAGGAAGAAGGAGCCGCCAGCAGCAUCCUGCCACCCUCAGUGCUGGACCAGGCCAGCGUCAUCGCCGAGCGCUUCGGCGGCGGCGGCAGCUUCUCCCGCCGCAGCAGCCUGGCGCUGGAGGGGCCGGGGGGACGGCUGGCCAGCCGCAGCGGCAGCACCCUCAGCCUGGACGGCGGCCCCCCGCUCGAGGCCGGGGAACCCGGGGGGUCCCGCAGCGCCAUCCCCUCACCCGAGCCCUUCGCCGGAACCCGCCGGGAGUCGCUGCUCUCCAGCCGGGACCGCCUGCUCCUCGACAAGAUCAAGAGCUACUACGGCCAUGCCGAGAACCGGGACGCCGGCUUCAGCGUCCGCCGCCGCGAGAGCCUCUCCUUCAUCCCCAAGGGGCUGGUGCGAAGCUCCGUCUCCCGCCUCAACGGCCUCCCCCGGCCCCCGGUGAGCCCUGAGCCCCCCGCCCAGCCGGCGGAGCCCGAGGCGUCGCCAGAGGAGCCGUGCCGGGAGAACGGUCUGCAGCCCCCCGAGCCGCUGCUCAUCCUGGAGGAGGACGACCUGGGUGCCGCGGGCGAGGGUCCGCCGGCCGGUCCACCGCCGCUGACCCCCCCGCACCCCGGCACCAAGGUGUACCAGCUGGCGCGGCAGUACAGCCUCCGCAUCAAGAGCCGCCGCGCCGGUGCCCGGCGUGCCCUGGCACAGCCAGAGGAGGGGGACCCGUGUGUUGGCACCCCUUCGGUGGCCGUGCCACAGGGCAGGGGACCGGUGGCAUUGCCCUCCCCGGCCGCCCCCCGCAGCCCCCCGAGCCCUGGCGGUGCCGAGCCCUUCACCUGGCCUGACGUGCGGGAGCUUCGUGCCCGUUUCGGCGCCCCGCGGCCCCCGCCGGUGAGCCGCAGCCGCUCUGCGCCCGAGGGGCCGUGCCGGGGCGGCCGGCCAGCUGAGAAGGAGCGGGGCAGCGGCCGGAGCCGGAGCGCCGAAGCGGGUGGGGGGUCCGGCGCCCCCGGGAUGGCACCAGUGCGGCACGGCAGCGACGGGGCGUUGUGGGUGGCGGCGGAGGCCCCCCUGGGCCCCGGGCAGCGGGUGCUGGUGCUGGAGCGGCUGCCGGCCCCUGCCGAGCCCGCCGCCUACGUGCAGAUCCGCUCACCCACCACCCGGGAGAAGAUCUGCUUGAAGGCGGUGGUGGAGCGCUGCAAAGCCUACCAGGCCUCCGAGGAGUACCGGCGGCGCUGCCACGAGCCCCCCGACACCCCUGAGCCCCCUCGCCACGGCCUCGUCAGGGACCUGCGGCAGAAAUUUCAGACCCUCGACGCUGCCAGCUAGGUGGGUGACAGGGAGAAGGGGUGUCCCGCGGACCCUCAAAGGAAGGAGCACCCUGUGGACCUCCAACCUGCCUGGGAGAAGGGGCACCCCGCGGACCUCCAACCUGCCCGGGAGAAGGGGCACCCCGCGGACCCCCAGCUCAGCCAGGAGCAGGAGCACCCUGUGGACCUCCAACCUACCUGAAAAAGGGACACCCCAUGGAAGCCAAACCUGCCCAGGAGAAGGACCACCCCAUGGACCCCCCAGGUUGCUUGGGAGAAGAAGCACCCUAGGGACCCUGAACCUGCCCAGGAGAAGGGGCACCCCAUGGCCCCGCAGCCCCCUGGGAGCAGGGGCACCCCACGAAGCCCCAGCUCACCCAGGAGAAAGAGCACCCUGUGAACUCUCCAACUUGUCUGGAAGAAGGGGCACCCCAUGGACCCCCAGCUCACCUGGAAGAAGGGGCACCCUGGGGAUCCUCAACCUGCCCAGGAGCAGGGGCACCCCAUGGCCCCCCAGCCCGCAGGGGCACCCCGCAACCCCCCCCCCCGGCGCCCAGCACUGCGCCCGGCUCGCUUUCACGUCUUUAUUAGAAAAAAAACCCAAACUGAACCAAAAGUUCCUCUCUGGUUGCCCGCGCUCCCCCCGGCGCAGCUCAGCCCGGCUGUGGGGUGCAGAGGGGUCCCCCGCCCCGGCAGUGCUGGCGGGGGCACGGGGUGGUGGCAAGCGGUGUCCCCCGUGCCGAUGCUCUUUGGUUGGGGGCCGGGGCUGCUCCCUCUGCACCCACACGCUGGGGGGGACACGUUAUGGCUUUGGGGGGGGGGGGGGCACCCGCGGCAGCCCCCUGCGUGGGUGCUGGGUGGGGGGGGCAUGCACGCGUGUGGGGCACGCACACCCGUGGCCGUGCGCGCAGAGGGGUGGGUGCACCUGCAUGCAGGGACACACGUGUGCACACAUGUGCAUGCAGGGACACGUGUGUGCACGGGGCUGCUGCACACCCCCGUGCGUGGGAGCAGC